AGAAACGUGCUUGCUCUUCUCCGGAGUGAAGAGGCAGCCAAGAGAGUCCUUCGUCAGAUCUAAGUAGUAUACAAGAUCAUUAGAGCUAAGAGAAAAACCGCGCCUGAAGACUGGAAAAUUAGUUUAAUUUUCCAUCUCUUCGCCCUAUGUUGGAUUAGUAACUGAGGGUUUUAGGUUGGUGUUAAGUGUGUGAGAGGAAAUAUUUUCCGAUCGUAUUGAUGGUGCUAGUCAAAGUAAGAAGAUAGGUAUGUUUAGGGUGUUCGACCGGACGGAUUCCGGUGUGAGUGCCAAGAAUAUAAGAACAAUUAACUGGAAAAACACUGUGAUUUCGAAUAACCUGGCGAGGUGGAGGUUUUUAGUGAUAUGUCUCAUAUUGUUAAAACUAUCAACAUGUACAGAAGCUCAGCAAUAUCCACAAUAUCCAUCACAGCAAUACCCAUCGCAACAAUUUCCAACUCAAUAUCGCUAUGACAAUCGGAGUGUUGCUAGAGAAAAUGAAAGACCUUGUGUUGGAUGUGAAGGAAACAACGGAUGCAAAUGUAUUGGAGAGAAAGGAUCCAGGGGGGCACCAGGCUCUCCCGGUCCUUCUGGGGCAACAGGUUUGAGAGGUUUCGAAGGACCUGAAGGUCUUGUUGGUGAUAAAGGGGAAAAAGGUGAUGCUGGUAUACCUGGACCUCGAGGUUCAAAAGGGGAUAGAGGUAAAAUGGGUAUGCCUGGUUUUCCUGGACAAAAUGGUAUACAUGGCUUACCUGGCCAUAUGGGUCCUAGGGGUCCACCAGGUCUUGAUGGAUGCAAUGGAACAGAUGGAACACCAGGUGUUGAUGGAUACCCAGGUGAUCCUGGCCCACCAGGAGUACCAGGACCACCAGGAUAUAAAGGUGAAAAAGGAGAACCGGCUAUUGGACCACCAGGCUUAAGAGGGCAAAAGGGAGAGCAUGGAAGAGAUGGAGCUCCAGGACAACCUGGUCCACCUGGAAUUGAUGGAAGUUCUGGACCUAAAGGUGAUCGAGGACCUUACGGACCACCAGGAGUAAAAGGUGAAAGAGGACUUCAAGGUGAUAAAGGUAACAUGGGAGUUGGUUUUCAAGGCUUAAAAGGAGAGCGUGGUGAACGUGGCUUGCUUGGACCUCCCGGACCACCAGGUGCAUGUGAUGGAUAUUUUGAAGGUAAAAAAGGAGCAACAGUCGGACUUCCUGGUUUACCUGGCCCAAAGGGAGAAAAGGGGGAAUCAGGCGAAAGAGGGGAAAGAGGAUUUGCUGGAUUAUCUGGCUUAACUGGACCUUCUGGUGAUAUUGGUAUGAAAGGUGAAAAAGGCCUUCCUGGUUAUCCUGGACCUAGGGGAAAAGAUGGUUUUCCCGGACCUCCUGGUGUACAAGGCUUCAAAGGUGAUAGAGGUGAUGAUGGAUUACCUGGAUUAGAUGGUUUACCUGGCAUGAAGGGAGAUUUAGGAGAUUCCGGCAUACCAGGACCAAGAGGUUUGCCUGGACCACCAGGACCACCGGGUGGUAUUGAAGGAAGAGCUGGCCCACCCGGACCCCCAGGACCUUCAGGCAUAACUGGCCCACCUGGUUUCUCAGGAGCUGAUGGAUUAUCAGGAGAAAUUGGACCCCGUGGUCCUCCGGGACCUCCAGGUGGACCAGGAAUUCCUGGUUUGCCUGGACGAGAAGGACCACCUGGCUACAAAGGUGAAAAAGGAGAUGGAGGUUUACCCGGUUUAGAAGGCCUUCCAGGCCAGCCUGGGUUACCAGGAGCACCUGGUCCAAAAGGUGAACCAGGUCCAAAAGGAAGCCCUGGUCUUUCGAUUCAAGGUCCAAAUGGCAUGGAUGGUAGUCCUGGUUUAGAUGGAUUGACAGGUCCAAGAGGAGAAACUGGUCCAAAGGGAGAGAGAGGUACCCCUGGUGAUACUCAAGAAGGUACUCCUGGCUUACCAGGCUUGCCUGGUCUAAAAGGAGAAAGAGGUUUUUCUGGAUUGCCUGGACGUCCUGGUUUACCUGGGUUAACGGGACCCAAAGGUCAAACUGGGGGAAGUUGCAUUACUUGUACUCCUGGCAUAAAGGGAGAAAAAGGUGAAAGAGGACUGGAUGCCUUACCCGGAUUACAAGGACCCCGAGGUGAAACAGGCUUACCAGGCCCUCCUGGUCCAAAAGGUGAUGAUGGAUUGUCAGGCUUAAUUGGAAUUCCUGGUGACGAAGGACGACCUGGUAUACCAGGGCGUGAUGGUGUCAAAGGAGAAGCAGGGCCCCCAGCAGUCAUACCUCGAGAUUUAGUUGUUGGAGAAAAAGGGGAUAAAGGAGAUUCUGGCUAUCAAGGAUUGCCUGGUAUUCCAGGAAGAGAUGGUUUACCUGGACCACCUGGCUUACCAGGUCCUCCUGGAGCUUUGGGACUAAUUGGAGACAAGGGAGCACCAGGGUUUCCAGGAGCACCUGGAAGGCCAGGUGUAGCAGGAUUACCUGGAUUUCCUGGCCCUAAAGGAGAAAGAGGUUCUGGCAUACCUGGAGCUCCUGGUGACAAAGGUGAACGAGGUCUGCCGGGAUUUGCAGGAUUAGAUGGACCUCCUGGUCAAAAGGGUGAACCAGGAAAAUUACCACCACCUGAGGAACUGAUAUUGCCACCUGGUCCUCGAGGACCACCAGGUCCUCCUGGUUUACCUGGUGCUAAUGGUCUUCAAGGAUUUCCAGGAGUUGCUGGGAAACCCGGAUAUGAUGGAACUCCAGGUCCUAAAGGAGAAUCUGGAGAAAAUGGAUUACCGGGUCCGCCAGGACCUAGAGGCUUACCUGGUCCAAGAGGAGAUAAAGGUGCUACAGGUCCAAUGGGAUUUCCUGGUGAGAUUGGACAACAAGGUGAUGAUGGCUUACCUGGUUUACCAGGGCUUAAAGGUACAAGAGGUGAACAAGGAUUACCAGGCAUUGGACGUCCUGGUCCACCUGGUUUAUCAGGAUUACCUGGACCAAAAGGGGAUCGAGGAUAUUCAGGGCCUCCAGGACUGCAAGGAGAGAGAGGAUUACCAGGUUUUCCUGGAGUAAAAGGAGAACUAGGUAGCCCUGGACUUCCUGGAUUUUCUGGUGCAAAAGGAGGUAAAGGAGAACCUGCUCGAGAAGGACUGCCUGGGCCGCCUGGGGAACCUGGAUUGAGGGGAUUUGAUGGACAGAAAGGUUUUCCUGGGCCAAAAGGAGAUUUAGGUCUUCCAGGAUUUCCAGGUCUACCUGGCAUGAAAGGAGAUCCUGGUCUUCCUGGAUUACCUGGCUUACCUGGUUUUGAUGGAAUUCCUGGUCAACCCGGUCAACCUGGACGAGAUGGCUUAGAAGGUCUUCCUGGGAUACCCGGACAAAAAGGAGAAAGAGGUAUUGAUGGCUUCCCUGGUCCACCAGGACCAAAUGGUUUAGAUGGUUUACCUGGAUUAAUGGGAGAAAAAGGUGAUCGAGGCCUCGCAGGUUACCCUGGGACUGAUGGCUUUCCUGGAACAUCUGGUGUUAAGGGAGAACCUGGUCUACCUGGUUUCCCCGGUUCUAAGGGCCCACCUGGUGAUGCAGCAGCUAAAGGAGAAAAAGGCGUACCUGGGCUUCCUGGAUUAAAUGGUUUACCUGGAGAAUCUGGACCACCUGGUUUAAGUGGUCUGCCUGGAUUAAAAGGUGAUGCUGGGAUACCUGGCCGAGGAUUACCUGGAUUGCCUGGUGCUCCUGGUGAAAGAGGUAUAGAAGGUGAACCUGGUCCACCAGGAUUCCCUGGUGCAAAAGGAUCUGAUGGAUUACCAGGAUUUACUGGAAAUAAAGGAGAACAGGGCUUACCAGGUCUACCUGGAUUUCCUGGAGCACGUGGAUUCCCUGGUCAGAGUGGGUUACCUGGUUUGAAAGGCGAUUCUGGAUUUUCUGGUAUUCCUGGUGUAAAAGGUGAAGCUGGAGAUGCUGGACUUCCUGGUCUGCCUGGACCAAAAGGAGAAAGAGGAGAUGGCGGUGCACCUGGCCUGCCAGGCUUAGAUGGAUUUAAGGGAGGAAAAGGUGAUCAAGGUUACCCAGGGCCUCCAGGUGAUAGAGCUGAUAAAGGAGAAAAAGGAGAGCCAGGAUUCUCAGGAAUACCUGGAACAUCUGGUCAGAAAGGUGCAAGAGGAUUUGAUGGUAUUCCAGGCAUUCCAGGUGCAAAAGGUGACCCUGGUUUACCUGGUUUAGGUGGCUUGCCUGGAACUGAAGGCAUUAGAGGAUCACCUGGAGAACCUGGUUUACCUGGUCUUCAAGGACCACCUGGCCGACCUGGUGUAGGAAUAAAGGGUAAUCAGGGAUUACCUGGAAAACCUGGAAUUGAUGGAUAUCCUGGUGUGCCUGGAGCUAAAGGCGAUGCUGGUUUACCUGGACUACCUGGUGUACGAGGUUUACCUGGUGAUCAAGGCUUGCCUGGUUUACCAGGCUUAAAGGGUGAUUCUGGACAACCUGGUUUCCCUGGACCGCCUGGAAGAGAUGGCUUUCCUGGUGUAAAAGGAGAAAGUGGUUUGACUGGAUUUCCUGGAGCUAAAGGAGAGAGAGGCUUACCAGGAUUAGAAGGACCACCUGGAUUAAAAGGCUUACCUGGGCCGGCUGGUCGUGAAGGUCUUCCUGGACUGCCUGGAUUCCCUGGUGCCAAAGGAGAUCCCGGAUUAUCAGGCCAACCUGGAUUUCCUGGAGUUAAAGGAGAUAGUGGAUUACCUGGUCUUCCAGGCUUAGAUGGAGCUCCUGGAGAACCUGGUGCAUCUGGUAUCAAGGGAGAAAAAGGCUUUUCACCCCCACUGAAUUUAUUGAGAGGACCUAAAGGAGAACCUGGUUUCCCUGGUACACCUGGCGAGGCUGGACCACCUGGACCAAGAGGAUAUGAUGGACCUCCAGGAUUACCUGGUUUCAAAGGGGAACAAGGACGUGCUGGCCAAUCGGGAUUACCUGGCCUGCCUGGACCUAUAGGUAUUAAAGGUGAUCGUGGUGUAGCUGGUCUGCCAGGCCCACCUGGUUUGACUGGUUCUAAAGGACAGCCGGGACCUGCUGGACUGCCUGGUAUACCCGGAGGUGAUUAUCUGAUGGGCAUUCUACUUGUAAAACACAGCCAGUCCAACUUUGUUCCACAGUGUCCUCAAGGAAUGCAAAAGCUUUGGGAUGGUUACAGUCUUUUAUACAUCGAGGGUAAUGAAAAGUCACACAACCAAGAUUUAGGUUUUGCCGGGUCUUGCUUGAAAAGAUUCAGUACUAUGCCAUUCCUGUUCUGUGACUUCAAUAGUGUUUGUAACUAUGCUAGUAGAAAUGAUAAAUCAUACUGGUUAUCCACCAAUGCUCCAAUACCAAUGAUGCCAGUCGGUGAAUCUGUAAUUCAAGAAUACAUUAGUAGAUGUGUUGUGUGUGAGGCACCAGCAAAUGCCAUAGCCGUUCACAGUCAAUCUCUCAAUAUACCUAACUGCCCAGCUGGAUGGAAUGUGCUUUGGAUUGGAUACAGUUUUGCAAUGCAUACAGCUGCCGGUGCAGAAGGAGGUGGGCAAUCCCUUUCUAGUCCUGGAAGUUGCUUGGAAGAUUUCCGCGCCACUCCUUUCAUAGAAUGUAAUGGUGCACGUGGUACAUGCCAUUACUUUGCAAACAAAUACAGUUUCUGGUUAACAACCAUUGAACCCAACGACCAAUUCUCUCGUCCCGCUAGCACGACUCUUAAAGCAGGAAAUUUAAGAACGAGAAUAAGUCGCUGUGCAGUAUGCAUAAAAAACUCAAAUUAUAAUGGACUUUAAGUGAAGACGUUGUGACUUUACUCAUUGGUGCCAAUUUGUGCCUUUCAUUUUUGUUUUUAAUUUUCUUUAAAGAAGUGUAUGGCACGUUUUUUUUUCAAAAAAAACAAAAAACUGGAAGAUAAGUUAGAAUUACUCUGGUAAGUGUAAUAUUUUUCUUUAAAAUUAAAUGCUGUAUUGAUCUCUAAAUUUAUUUACAUAAAUGAAUUGGAAUAAUUUAUUUGAAUGAGAAUAAUUAAUUAAAUUAAAGAGUUGACUGAAAAUAAUUUUAUUUCCAUUUAGUACAUCAUAGAAUUGACUUGAUGACAUUGUAAUGGAUAAUUAUAAUACUAUAUGAACUUUUUGUGUUAUUUUUGAAGAUUUCAGUUUUUAUUUUGUGUACAUUAUCUUUUUUGACAUUUAUCACUUAAAUUUUAGUUAUAAGUUGUGUUAUUUUUUAAAAAUAACCAAAUUUGAAAAUUUUUUAAUAGAAUAAAAAUAAAAAAAGAUAUUGAUAGUAUGCAUUUAUUUAUUUACUAACGUAUAUUGUGUGACAAUGCUGCAUGAUGUAUGUCAGCAUUUACUUUUUAUGUUUUUUAUGAGACUAAAUUGUUGUAACAUCUGCAAAGCUUUGUGAACGUUUCAUUCUAUUAUGUUUUGUUAAAAAAUAUGCAGAAAAAUUAUAAAUUUUACUUAUUGUAUAAAAUAUUUAAAAAUUAAUAUUUGAAAUAAGAGGAAGUUUCUGUCUGAAAUCAUAUAUUUAUAAUACGCUAAUGAAAUGUCAUAAUAUGCUGAUGGGAAAAAAAAUUCAUUUUAUUUGUUUCUUUCCUCUUCAUUUCAAUUAUUUAUUUACACAAAAAAAUUUUAGUGUUUUUAUUCCCGAUUUCACCACUACUAAACUAUUUUUAUCUGUGUGUUGUACAGUGCAAAAUUAUGCAGUAAGACAGAAAUAUAUUUCUGAACAAAAUAUCAUUGUAAUUUUAUGAUUGCUGUACUUAUGACAAUUGCCUUGUGCCAUACUCUUUUAACUGCACACGGUCACUGUAACUAUUUUAUUAAUUGUAAGUAGAAAUAAUUUGUCUAAUAUAUUUUUGUACAUAUUUAUAAAUUAUUUUUAUAGUUUAUUUUCAAAAAUAUAAAAAAUUUUAUCAUGAUAGUAAAAUUUAUUACUUUUUAUCAAAAUUCUGGACGGUGAUAUUCUUAUGAAUUGACUUACUUCAAUGAGGGCUAAGAGAUAGUGUUAAAUUAUUAAACGCUAACACUGCCAAAUAAUGUUUUUUGUCUAUAAAUGAAGCUUCAAGCACGUAUCACUGCCAUCUGUCUAAGUCCUAGUCUUUACUUUUAUACAUAUAUAACUGUUUUCCUUUUUUUUUCUUCAUGUAAAGUAUUCAGAUCGAUAUGCUGCUCUCUGUAAGCUUCUGUGUUCAAUAAAAUUGUUGUUAAAAAUA